CUCAACAACAAUUCUGGCCCUUAUAGGUAACGCAGCCAUGGACCCGGUUGCGCUGCUGCAGGUGCUGAAGGUGGCCCUGAUGAACCCGGCGAGGGAGAGGGCGCCGCCAGGGCCGUGGAAGCUGCCGGUGGUCGGCAGCAUGCACCACCUGGUGAACGUGUUGCCGCACCGCGCGCUGAGGGAUCUGGCUGGCGCGCAUGGCCCGCUCAUGAUGCUACAGCUUGGGCAGACGCCGCUGCUGGUGGCGUCCUCCAGGGAGACGGCGCGGCUGGUGCUCAAGACCCACGACGCUAACUUCGCCACGCGGCCAAAGAUCCUCGCGGCCCAGAUCGUCACCUACGACUCGGCCGACAUCCUCUUCUCCCCCUCGGGCGAAUACUGGCGCAAACUCCGCCAGCUCUGCGCAGCCGAGAUCCUAGGCCCCAAGCGCGUGCUCUCCUUCCGCCACAUUAGGGAGGACGAGAUGAGGAUGCGGGUGGAGCAGAUCCGCCAGGCAGGGUCGUCGACACCCGUGAACAUGAGCGUCAUGUUCCAUGGCCUGACCAACAGCAUCGUUGCGCGGGCAGCAUUCGGGAAGACGCCGAAGAAGUCACCAGAGUUCCUAGCCGCCAUCAAGUCCGGGGUGCGCCUGGCGAGCGGCUUCGACAUCCCCGACCUCUUCCCGGAGUGGACGACAGUGCUCGCCGCACUCACCGGCAUGGAGCGCAGCCUCCAGGGCGUCCACAAGACGGUGGAUGCAUUCCUGGAGGAGAUGAUCAAUGAGAGGAACGCCGCCCGCGCCGACAAGAUCAAGGUCGGCGGCCCCGAGAACGUGGACGAGAACCUCAUCGACGUGCUCAUUGGCCUACAGGAGAGAGGCGGCCUUGGGUUUGAGCUCGACAACAGUAGGAUCAAGGCCAUCAUCCUGGACAUGUUCGUGGGAGGCACGGGGACAGCAGCAUCGUCGAUGGAGUGGGGGAUGUCGGAGCUGAUGCGGAACCCGCUGGUGAUGAAGAAGUUGCAGGGCCAGAUCCGAGAGGCGUUCAAGGGUAAGGCCGUGGUGACGGAGGCCGACCUGCAGGCGAGCAACCUUCGGUACCUGAAACUGGUGAUCAAGGAGGCACUCCGGCUGCAUCCGCCGGCGCCGCUGCUGGUGCCCCGGGAGAGCAUUGGCAGUUGCGAGCUGCAAGGGUACACGGUCCCUGCCAAGUCGCGCGUCGUCAUCAACGCAUGGGCCAUUGGGCGGGACCCGGUGUACUGGAAGGAUGCCGAGGAGUUCCAGCCUGAGCGCUUCGAGGACGGGGCUGUAGACUUCACCGGCAAGAGCUACGAGUUCGUCCCGUUCGGUGCUGGCCGCAGGAUGUGCCCCGGCAUCAACUACGCGCUUGCCAUCAUGGAACUUGCCCUCGUCGGUCUGCUCUACCACUUUGACUGGUCGCUGCCGGUAGGCGUUUGCGAGGUCGACAUGGAGGAGGCCCCCGGCCUCGGCGUGCGGCGCCGCACGCCGCUGAUGCUCCUCGCCACGCCCUUCGUCCCGGCCGCCCACGAGUAACUAUGUUUGCUUGCAAUGCAACUACACAUAUAAUAAGCGUGCCCGUAUCAUCCAGUCGAAAAAUAACUGUGCCUGUAUAAUAAGUGUGUGUCGUGUGUUUAUAGAAAUGUGUGUAUGUGCAUAUCUAUGAGUGUUUAUGUUUGUAUUGUGUUUGAAAAUAAGUGUGUUACAGUGAUGUCACCAUGUU